AUGGGUGAGAUAGUUCCUGCUCCCUGGCCGCCUCAGGCAAAAAAUGCAUCAUACCCUUAUGCUCGUCAUGUACGAAGUAAUGAACCGGAUCCAAGGUGGAUAUUGUCGCCCCGAGUUUGGCCCGCUCGUGAUACCCUUGGAAGAGAAGUAGUUAUCAAAGUAAUAUCUGAAGUAGACAAACCAACUCAAGAAAUGAAGGUAUUCCGGCGCCUUAAUAGUAAAAAAUUGCGAACGGACCCAGCGAACCAUACAAUCUAUGCACUGGAAUAUAUCACGUUCGACAAGUUCGUCUUCGUGGUAAUGCCCAGAUGGGAUAUGUCUUCUUCUCCCGAGUUCGAAACCGUCGAUCAGCUCAUGUCAUUUGCGCUUAUAUGGUUACAGACAUUCGAUUUUCUGCACCGUAAUAAAGUCGUACAUCUUGAUUUUCUUGAACAAAAUACCGGUAUAAAUGCAGUACUCCAGUUUUCGGAAAGGUUUCGUAGAACGGGAUUGCGAGAUCCAAAGGAAGUGCGGUAUGCUCUUCUUGACUUUGGUUUUUCUAUAGCUUUCCCCGAGGAUACAGUCGAAGAGGACGUGCGCAUGAUUCGCUAUAAUUCAUGGGGUCUACACGGUAUACCCGACAACUCGGUUAUUUACCCAUAUAAUCCAUUCAAAGCAGAUAUAGCGAUCCUAGCAAGCUCUCUUCAAAUGCAUGUCAGGCAUCUUGAACCCAUUAUUCCUGAACUUGGGCCAUUCUUUGAUUCCAUUGUUGACCUUAAUGACCCUAAUCAACUGACAGCUGGACAGGCCUUCGCUCGAUUCAAAGAAAUAUGCAAUGGCCUCAGUCCUGAAAUUGCUGGGUCAUCAUUUGAUAGCUGGGUAUGGUACCCAGCCGCCAAAUUACUUUCCACCCCAAGCAUCGAUACAAGAGUCGCGACAGCCAUGAAAGGAAAUGAAAACUAUGCAAGCCAGGAUAUCAAGAGGUUCAAAAUAGAUGAAUAUUUGUUGUACCUCAACAAUGGCGUAGAAAACAUUCAAAAGCUCGAAAGCUUGAAGAAAAGGCCACUAGAAGAGCUUCAAUCCAAAACAACGUUCAUAGAAAAUGCUAACGAGAUCUCAAAGCAUAUACAAGAGACACAAAGAUACCCAGCUCUCCUGGAAUUCCGAAAGGUUGCCAAUCGGAGACAAUCGGGUUACUUCCGCAAGACUGCAAGCAAGCCUGGUGUGAUUGCAGCGUUUACAAGUGAAAACUCAAGUGAGCCAAUUGGCUGGCAAUGCCCCGACAGAGUCUUCGGGUGGCCUUUCAUACAGCUCAUCGGAGAUAUCGCAUCUGAAAGUUGUGAUAUCGAAGUAAUAAAAAAUCAGAUUGCCCAAGACCUUCAUUACAUGGUCCUCGCUCGACCCGAUCUUUAUGUUUCUCAUGCUCUACUUAUUGAAGACUCGAGAAUAACGUUUUUAUGUGCUGUCACUGGCGAAGGCAUAUUCGAUGUUCAACUUGAUUACACAGAUCCGAACUUCCAACCGCUACUGUUUGCCUUGAUCAGUCAUAUCUACGAUUAUGGUAGAUUUAAAGACGAGCGUUACACCAUCACUUACAAUGCAGAGAGUCGGCAGAGUGAAUAUACACUUAAAUUCGAAACAGCGCCUGGGCUGACGCAAUGGGAGACAUUCCACCUCAUCUAUUCAAGCAGUCCGUUUGGAACGACCACCUACGUUUUCGCUGCACCCGACGAAAGUAACCCAAUUAUGGUCAAUGGCCAGCGUUUGCGGGUGGUUAAAGACCAGUAUUGCUAUCGAAUGGCCCGUUUCUCUGAGCCAGAUAUUCUCAAGCAUGUUCGCGGUACACCAGGCGUGGUAACGCUCGCGUACGAUGAGGAGUGGGAACCACUUGUGCCAACCGCCACCCGCCGCGUCAAGCGCCGUUUGGGAUUCGUUGAACAGGGAGACCCAUUCAUGAAUAUCCGGACGGUCAGAGAAAUGCUAGAGAUUGCAUAUGACUUACUAGAAGUGACCCGGUACCUUAGGUUUAAGCGCCACGUCCUUCAUUGUGACCUUAGCAACGCCAAUAUUGUUGUUGAUAGAGCACCCACAACUCCUGCGACGAAUGAGUAUGUCAACAUCCAGUAUAACGAUAUCAAUGAGCACGACAUUGUAUUUAUCAAGCAUCUUUUGGGUGAAAGGUUCGGGUCGCAGGAAAAUUUUGGGAAUCAUUCUAAUCGUAUCAAUGACAGCAACAGCCCCCUUCAAACCCAUGUUCUUCUCAUCGACUUCAAUCUGGCCGAGCGCCUGGAUAGCACCGCAAGGCAAUCUGAAAUAAAGAAAAAGGGAACACAUCCUUUUAUGGCAAGAGCAGUUGAAAAUGAAGAGCCAUACCCAGACCUUUCAACACGAAUGUUUACCCCUUUCACUGCAUUACCACAAGCACCCUCAAUGUACAAGAAACUUCACCCGGAGCGCACAACACGAUUUGAUUCAGAAAAACUUGGUCUCUAUAUUCUCAAGGAGGCCCCAGGCGACUUGAGGAGCGAUCGGGUUUGGAGACACGAACUUUAUCACGAAGCAGAAUCCAUUUUUUGGAUCAUCGUAUACUGGCUUCUCCGCGCCAAUCCCGAACCCGGAACCGAGCUGUCGAAGGAAACAAUCCCUCUUCCCAUCUGGGUAUCUCUCUUAGAAAGCGCUUAUUCUCGCAACAUCGUGAUAUUCUCUUUUCAGCAGAGCGCGAAAUACUGCGCUCGUAACAUCCACUCAAAAUUAUUGCCUGUUUUGGAACUGGUUAAAACUUUAGCAUGGGCUGUCUAUCCUGGACCGUAUUUUCUACCAGACGAUAACCCUAGGACACAACCUGACUACUUACAUGAGGUUUUCCAGCGGGCUAUACUCGACUUCAUUUUAACGAACAAAAACGAGGAGUUUAUGAACCUUGAGAUUAAUGUACUUAAUCCCCGACACCAUGAUGAUUAUAAGCCGGAAGAACUGUCGAGCACUAGCCACCUUACGCCUAGUGAACCGUAUAGAUCACUUUCGAGUGCUGAAGAUGAGCAAAGUGCUCCUGUCAAUGAUGCGUUACAAAAGUUUCGCUAUGAAGGCGACGGCUCAGACCUUGAGGUUGCAUGA